AGUAUGGGGAAAAAGAAGAAAAGAGAGAUCCAAGAUGGACCAUCAGAAACUAAGGUUCCUGCCAGCGAAGCACUGCUAGAAUAUUACUGUCAAGUAAAGGAAGAUGCAAUAGAGAGGCUCAUGGUUCAAGUAAGGAAACUUAGGGAUAAGAAUCAAAAGUGUCAUGAACGGAAUGUGCGGCUCAAGUCAGAGCAGGCAUGGCACCUCAAGAAUCUGGUGAGUGAGCUAAAUGACGAACAGAAGAAGGCAGCAGCAUCACCACCGGUGACAAGGGAAGAAGUAGAAGAAGCCCUGAAACAAAAAUGGAAGUUCGUUAAAGACCAGGAACAAAAUUUGAAAGAUAUGCGUGUGCAGAUAAAUAAUGCUGAGAAAUUAUUCCUUGAGAAACUUGGAGAGAGGGAAUAUUGGGAGGAGUACAAGAAUGUAGGGAGUGAACAACAUGCUAAGCUAAUCAGCUCCUUAGAAAAUGACAUCAGUUCAAUUAAAGAGAAUACAAGGAAAAUGUCAGAAUAUUAUAGAGCUUCUCUGGAAGAAACUAGAAAGAGAAUUAGCAGCAACACCUUGAAACAAAUGGUUGAAAAGAAGGAAUUGGCCACACAGAAUGCUGUAAAAAAUAUUGAUAAACGCAGCAGUAGAGAAAUCUUGGAGAAUGACUGGCUUAAAAAAGAAGUUGAACUUCAUAAGAAAGAAGUAGCACAAUUGGAAGUUGCUAUUCACCAUCUAGAAGAAGAAAAUUUAGGGCUUAUAUGUCAGCUAUUUGACUGCAGACUUGCAGACCUCAAAAUAACCAGACCUCUGUUUCUUACCCAAGCAGCUGGCCUAGGAGAGCAAGAUUUUCCUGAAGAAAUACAGUCAGAAUCAGAACCCUUAACGAAAAAAGAUAAACCAGAAGUUUCAUUGUCAGAAAGACUGGCCUUUCUUUAUGAAGAUACUAAGGAAAAUGUAAACGGGUUGCAAAAAAGUGUAGAAGAUACUGAGAAUGAUCCAUGUAUUGAAUUUGGUGCUUCUGAUCUAAGUUAUUUGCUAUAUGAAGAUGAAAAGGAUUUCAAGGAAUAUACCAAUCUGGGCCCACUGGAGGUAAAGCUCAUGGCUCUAGAAGGAAUGAAAAAACCUAUUCAUGAAGGAAUGAAAGAAAUGACCAAGAAAGAGUGGGAAGAUGCUGGGAAAACAGAGAAUUUCAUCACGUAUAAGAUAAUCCGUUCUUUGAAAAAUUAGAGACUGGCGGGUGAAAUAAAACAUUUUUCCAUUGUUAAGGUCAUGUGUUGUAUAAGUUCACUGUUCAUUGAAGCUUUGACCUACU